ACUAGCUAAGCUUUGGAGUCGCCGUCUUCCUUCUAACGCAGAUCCGAACCCAGCAAACAGCGUUUCUCCCAUCCUCUUCGUCAAGAGUAGAACACAGCGGCAGUAAUCCCACCCUAGCAAUGGUGGCAGUGCGAUGCAGAGGUGGUGCACUCCUGUUCGGCGUAACCAUGGAUUCCGGCGAUGGGACCCGCGGAGAAGAAAGCAGCAGUCAAGCAGCGGUCAAGACCGUACGGCGACGGAGACAACGUUGCCGGUGACGUCCUCCCCCCUUCCGGAACCGCAGCAGCGUCGGCUUAGUCGGACGGGGACGAGGAUUCAUGCUCAUCUUAAAAAACAAGAAAAGAAACGUUUUGAAUACAACCUCAUUGAAGCCAAUCUCAUUGAAGAUAAUCAGCUUUCAAUUCUUCUUUUUCAUGGAUAUUUGUGAAGACGUAUUUGGUUGAAAUGAGAAAGCUCACUAAAAAUGCAACAAUCAAUUCCAAAAGUGUGAAGGAUGAUGAAUCAGACAAAGGUACGGAGCAAACGAAGGAUGCGAUGUGGGAUCGUAUCGAGGAGAAGUUCUUCACGGCAAUGAAGAAGGACGGCUUCUACCGAACCUGGGACCAACUCACUUCCAAAUGGAGCCACGUCAACAAAAAAGUCCGAAAGUUUAUGGGAGUUUACGAGGAAUGCUCCCGGUCCCGAAGGAGCGGCACGAACGACGCCGAUGUUCUCCGGCUUGUCACGACCCGGUAUCAAGACGACGGGAACCAAGGCAAGGUGCCCAUCGAUCUUUGGAGGAUUUUGAGUCGUUCCCCGAAGUGGCAACAACUCAACAAUCCCGACGGCGAAUCGUUCCGGAAAAGAUCCACCGUCGAUGCCGAGGUUGAGGUCGACGAGACUAUCGGUUCUACCGAUCAGAUCCCUUCCUUCAACGUUGCGGAUUCUGAUGACGAGGACCCCAUUCCAUGGCCGAUCGGAAGAAAGAAGGCAAAAUCCAUUGCCUCUGGUUCGGGAGGGUCCGCUUCUCCCCGCGACAAAAUCGGACGGGCAAUGGUUGAACAACUUCGGGCGUUCAAUCUCCAGGAACAAGAGAGGUUGAAGCUAAAGGAGAAGGAGUUGAAGCUAAAGGAGCAGGAUGUCGAGAUGAAAGUCAUGCAAACCGACCCUGGGACGUUGUCGGAGUUUGGACUAAUGAUCUACGAGCAAAGAAUGAGAGAGAUCAAGGAGAAAUAUAAUUUACCUUAGUUUUUUUAUUAAUGAAUUGGAUGUUGGUUGAGUCUAUGUUACAAGUGCAAGAGUAAUCAACACUCUCUAUUUAU